AUGACCGCAGUAGAACCCAGCCUGAGCGCCACACCGACGCUCCUCGACCCCCGCACGGACUUCAUCGAGCAGGUACGGCCGUACGCCACGUCGCCAAGUACACGCCCAGUGACACGCGACCCCACCCAGAUCUUCGCAAAGGUCGAAGAGGAGAACGAGCGACGCGCGCAGGAGAGCCCCGAGCUCGCCGACCCGCCACAGAGCGUGCACGACCGCGUCGCGUCACCCAUCCCGCCAGCCGCACCCACCAUGGUCUCCAUCGUGAGAGACCGGAGACGAGGGAGCAUAUCCGUGUCGCGGUUCGGUCAGGUGUGUGUCGUCCUCGUCUUCAUUCUGCUCGGCCUCCCUCGCGUCGAAACGGCCGUGUAUUCCUACUAUGAGCUCUCUGUGCCUCGCGCCACGCGCGUAGAGUACCCCACGAAAGUCGUCCGCGUACAUGACGCGUGGCGCGAGGCUCAGAAAGCCAGGCCCUCUGGCGAAGUAUUCCGCUGGACAUGUUCGGCGGGCGAGACUGCUGGUGGUGAAGAUAUCCAGGCGCACGGUGCGCUUUGUUACCCUGGCCUCGUCCUGCUGGUCACGGCCGCUGCCCACUUUAGCUACGCCUGCGACGUGCGGGCGUUGGACGCCCUACCCGCAACGGACCUCUCGACACAGACCGCAGAGGCCCCCAGCGCACUGCCCUCGCGCACAAACUCCGUGAUCAUCAACGCAGGCAAGACCGGCGCGUUCUACCAGGCACAAAAGUACGCGGGCAGCGCAGACUCCUUCGCGUCCUCGCACGACGGCCAGGACGACGUGCGCGACGAGGAGCAGGUCACGCAGAUGGAGACGAUCGCGGGCCGCGUCAGCCUCGGGAAGGCGAUGGGCGGCCUCAUCGCGCGCCGGCUCUCGCGCUCCCGCACGCGCUCGCGCGACAUCCUCGCGACGCCGAGCGGGCUGCUCAUCGGGGUGUCGGUCGAGGAGGCGACGACGGAGGCGGAGCACGGGGAGGAGGACUCGCUGGACGCGCCGCACACGCCGAACGGCACGGCGUUUGUGUAUGCGGCGCAGGCGGACGGGCUGCGGUCGCGGCGCUCGACGGUGAGCAUGCCGGGGACGGCGGCGCCGGGGGAGGGCGCGGGGGCACCGGCGAGCCAGGAGCGAAGGCUAUCGGCGGCGGGGUGGGUGGCGAAGGCGAAGGACCUCACGAAGAAGUUCCGGCGGAAGAGCAUGGCCGUUCUCCCGCAGAACUCGUCUCCAUAGCUGUGAUCCUCACUUUCCACGUUGCGCGUUCCAACACCCAUCGCCUCCACUCUACCCCUCGCUCUCGUCGCCCUUCGUUGUACAUGCUUCUCGCUGCUUGCUUACCCCCUCCCGCUUGGUCUUGUCGAGGCCCGGGGCCUCCUGCUCACCUUGUCUCUCCCCGCCAUCACCACCACCGCCAUCAUCGUUACCAUCGUCUCUCACCCUCGUCAUGCUGUCCUCUCGCACGGACACUGCACGGAUCUUGCUUUGCUGUCUAUAACCUUAUGCCCACCUCGCAUCCUCUCGCAUCCCCUCAUGUGCCCGGCCGCAUGUCAUAGUCUUGAUACAAUCC